AGUCAUUUCUGGGACCCCGGUGCGAGUUCCCGUGCCGUUGUCUGGCGGCUGGGCGCAGCCGGACCCAACUAUACCCAAGAAGACAUUGUCCAAAAUUCGUGGAGUGCCGUGCUCACGCAUUACUUCCUCCAGAUGAUGCCGCAGGGGCCGUACGACUACAGUGUUGAGAGGGAGGUGUACCGUGGACAAACCAAUGGCCCGUUGACCAUCAGGCCGGACGUCGUUGUUGUUCGAAUGCAGACGACGGUGAAUCCACCAGGCGGCGGGGGCGCUCCCAUGUCCGUGACCAGCCGCGACAUCCUGUGGGUUGAGUGCAAGGCACCCAACCACGACUCCGCGCACGAAUGGAAGGACUUGAUCGAGCAGGGUUGUAAUCGACUAGCACAGGCCCAUCCUAAUCGGAUGCUUUUCGUUAUUUUCGGAGUGGGCCUGAAGUGGAUGUUUUUCAAAUGGGACCCGUUCAACAACGCAUCACCACUUCAAGUGCUCAGCCAUAACCAGAGGCUCGUGUACGAACCGAACGUCCCCAACCAAUCCCAUGUUCGCGCCAUGGGCAACAACCCGGUGCCCGAUAUCAUCGACACAAGGAGGGCUUAUUCGCUAAACUACUGGCAAACCAGCCAAAACAACCAGACGUUAAUGUUCUGGCAGGAUUUACUGCUGCUCGAAGACAUCAUCCGUUAUAUCGUAAGCAUCAACUACCAGGGUGACAAUCCCUGGGUUUGA